AUGACUAGAUCAACAAACAUUGAACAUAAUCAAGAUCAACUCAAUAAUAGUAAUAAUAAUAGCAACAACAAGAAUGACAACAAUGAUAAUUUAGGAGCUCGCUCACCAACCGUAGACAACAACAAUGAUAAUUUAUUGAUGAUGUUUAGUCCAGGUAUCAAUAACAAUAACACAAACAACAAACCAAAGAAACAAUUUACACCAAACAUUCGUAAACAUGUCUUUAAAAACAAUAAUAGUGCAUCUGCUGCAGCAGCUGCUGCUGAAGAUAACAACAAGACAAGUUUGUUUGAUAUAGUUUCACCAACCAAUAACUAUUUAAACAAAUCAAACAAUAUAACGAAUAAUAACAAUAAUAAUAAUAACAAUAAUACUAUCAAUGGAUUGCAUCGAGAAGAAAUAGAUGUUGAAGAGAUGGAACAACAAAUAGAAUCGAUUUUAAAAGCAAACCAAGAACACCGACCAACUAUUAUACCUCCAAAACCAAUGUUUCUUAAAAUCAAGAGAAAGAUUGACGAAGAGCCAUUGGAAGAAAUUAUCAUUGAAAGACCUAAAAAGAGAGCAUUGUUGGAUACAUUCCAAUCUUUUAAUUUAAAUUCAAAUCAAGAAGAAGAUGAUGAAAAUGAUAAUAAUAAUAAUAAUAAUAAUAAUACUGAAUCAUCACCUGAACCAAAUAUAACAAAUAAUAAUAAUAACAACGCAAUUACUAAUAAUAAUAAUAACCAACAACAAGAUAAAGAAAAGAAAUUAUUUAAACUUUUUACAUCUGUAGAUGAAGCUAAUCUACAUCAUAAUAGAUCAAAGAUUGAACAACGAUUUAUUGAAUUCCAAUCCAAAGGUCAUGUUGAUUCACCAAAAAUACAAAGAACAAAAAGAGAAAAUGUCAUUAAAGAAAGAAAUGAAAUUAGAUAUAAACAAAUUAGAUCAAAUAGAAUUAUAUUUGAUCAACAACAAACAAGCGUAAUAGAGUUGGAAAGAACCGAAGUUGAAAAGGAUGAAUUAUUCCCAACUGGACUAACAAAGGAGGAAGAAUCAUUAAUUUGUAAUUACCGACCAAUGUUAAAGGAACAUCUUCACCACAACAACAACAAUGACCAACAACCUAAUACCCAACAACUUCAAAAACAACAGAUACAAGAAGAUUCAAUGGUAAUUGAAAAGAAACAAACCAAAAAGAUUGGAUAUGUUUACGAUUACUAUUAUCUCAAUUCGGAUCAAGUUGGUGAAAAUCUCAAACACAUAGAGACUAUCCAGCUGCCUGCCGAAGACGACUAUUUCACAGCAAACGAUGACGAUCAAAGUGACUCGAGUACAGACUCUGAAAAUUGGUACACCGAGUAUCCAGAUGGAGAUGAAGUGUACAGCGACAAGGAGGUUGAUAGUGACGACCCCUACCAAGAAAGUGACGAUAUGUUAUCCGAGAAAAUAAGUGAUUAUGAUGGUGACUAUAUGUAUGAACAAGAAUAUAGUAGUGAUGAUGAUGAAGACUAUUAUUAA